AAUGUCAAAGUCGAACGCAAAAUACAAAAGUUAUGUCAAACAAAAUCCAAUGAUGUGAGAACACAAGAAACAGAAGUUCAUUAUCAUAUAUAGAACAAUGGAGUAAUAGAUAAUUCCCUAAAAAAUACCUACAAUAUGGAAAGCGUUAAGAAUUUCUCGGUAUCUCUAAUUAAAGGUUUUAUAGAUAGCCUAAGAGGGGUGACAGUCCUGUUAUACUUGGAUAAGGAGAUUAACGAGAAGGCCUUGAGUCGGUCGCCCCACAAAGAUGCAGAUAGUAAACAAAAACAGAAAGCCCCCAAAGUUCUGCACUGGCUAACAAUAAUCUUCGAGUGGUUUGCUAGUAGAGGUGUUACGGAGGUGAAGAAGUGUGUAUCAGAGCCGGAUUCAGAACCAGAUUCAGAUCCGGAAUUAGAUUUGAUUUAUGUGGAUUGGAAACAGAGGGAAUCAAAAGUACUUACUAGGGUAUUGCAAUCAUGUAUAUUAAACGGCUUUAUAUUCUUACUCAGUAUAUUAGUAUUUGAAUAUGUGUUGCUACCUUCAAUGAAGUACUUAGUAACGGUUGUGUUUGGUCACAAUCCUGGUGUGGCGCACAAUGUUUGGGGCUGGAUGCAGCCGUUCCUGUCCAUGACUUUCCGGAUGAUAUGGGUGCUGCCAUUGUUCCUAUUGAGCAAGCUGGUUAAUAGCUUAUGGUUUCAGGAUAUAGCUGACUCGGCCUACAGACACCGGCGCGGUCGGCCGCAGUUCAUGUCGAGUGUCAGCAAGAUAAUUGCUGACUCCUUGUUCAGCAUACUGGUGCAAGCUUUAUUUCUAGUUCAGAGUAUGCUAGUCAGUAUGCUACCAAUCACAUACAUCGGGGAGCUCCUAUGCCUCGUUCACAUGUGCCUGCUGUACUCGCUGUACUCGUUCGAGUACAAGUGGUUCAACAUGGGCUGGGAGCUGCACAAGCGGCUCACGUUCAUCGAGACCAACUGGCCGUACUUCCUCGGGUUCGGGCUGCCGCUGGCGGUGCUUACGCAGAUACCUCAGUCUUAUAUCAUAAGUGGAUGUGUGUUCUCUAUUUUCUUCCCGGUGUUCAUACUGAGCGGUAAUGAAGCGACACCCGUUAUUGGAAGUGAGUACCCCCUACGUCUGUUUUCGCCAGUGGUGGCGAUUUCCAACGGAAUGUUCCGUUUCGUGCGGCAAGGGGCCGAGGCCGUCACCCAGCGGAGUAGGUGAUCUUUAACCAUUUAGGGUUAACCUUUUGACCGAUGUCGUUUGAAAGCAGUGUUGGGAUGGGCAAAGGAUUUGUAAA